AAAAAGUUGUUUAACUGUAAUUUGUUUAUUCUAGUUGCAGGUUAAUAAUAAGUUAUGUACUAGUACUUCAUAAAUGUAUCAACCACCUUACAACUUUCAACAGCCUGCAUGGCCUGUUGUUAAUCCUUUUCAACCAGCUCCAGCUGUAAUUCCGCCUAAUCCUCCAAGUGACUCAACUCAAUUUCCACCAACUGCUCAAAAUGUUUUUCAGCCUGCAGCUGUUCCUCCAGGUUUUAGCUUAGAUCCACAAAUGGCAUAUCAUCAACAGCAAGGAAUGUUUAUGCAAAAUGCUUUCAGUCAACAGAAUACCUUGCAACAGCCAUGGGUUCAACCAACAGUUAAUCCCUUCAACCCAGCUACGACAUUGCAGCCAUUUCCCCAAGCACAACAGUGGAAUCCCCUUACCAAUCAAUGGGUAGCACAACCACAAUCAUGGGAUCAAAGUUCUGCACAAUAUCAACCACCACAAGUUCAAGACUUUCAAGGAUACCAACCUUUGCCUCAGCAACUUAAUUUAUUUCAACCAACUAACACACAAGCUUCUAAUACAAGUAACAUAAAAAAUGACGCUCAAAGUAGUUUAAAUAAUGCAUGGAGCGCAAGCCAAAAUCAGUGGAUGCAAAAUAGCUCAUAUCAAACUAAUGUACAGCAACAAAAUGUUGUAUCUACUGAACAAAAUACUAGUAAUAAGCAAUGGGUACAGCCAACAACAAACACUGUAUCAGCACCGACUGUUCCCCCACCUCCAUCUCAAAAUCCUCCUCUACCAAAUGAACCUCCACCUCCUCAAAACCCACCCAGUUCUAUCAAAGCACCACCUCCUCCUGAUCAUCCAGAAUCUAAAUCGCCAGCACCACCCGAAGAGGACCAAGAAAGUUUGAUCUCUCUUACAAAACAACUAGAAACAUUAGAAACUCAAAUUAAAACUUAUCAAGCUGAAUAUCAGAAAUGGCAUCUUGAUUUUGUGAAAUGGCAGAAACAGCAUCAAAACCAUCCUGAUCAAAAACAGUAUAUAGAUUACCAGAAACAAUAUCAAAAAAUAAUUGAAGAACAACAAACUCAAUUGAAACAGCAAUAUGCUGAACUACAAAAAAAAAUUAGUUUGCGGAAAGCACAGCAAGAGAAAAAAAAUAAUAACAGAAGUGAUCAGUUAUCAAAAGAAAUCAAUAGUUCUCAAGGGUCAGUCACAGGAGCUACUUUUCAUCAAGCUGUUAUAGAUGCAAAUAAAGCCUCCACAAACACAAAUCAAAGUAUGUCAGGUUUUGUGCAAGCUUCUCCACAAAGUAUGUCAAGUUUUGUGCAAGCUUCUCCACAAAGUAUGCCUCUUCAAAAAAACUUACCUCAACAUAACUUAACUCCAAAACAAAGCAUACCUCCUAAGCAAAAUACACCUCUUCUACCAAAUUCACAUAUUCAACAAAACACAUCUCAACGAAACAAACCUCAACAAAGCAUAACUCAACAAAGCAUAACUCAACAAAGCAUACCUCAACAAAACAUACCUCAACAAAACAUACUUCAGCAAAGCAUACCUCAACAAAGCAUACCUCAACAAAACAUACCUCAACAAAACACAUCUCAACAAAACAUACCUCAACAAAGCAUACCUCAGCAAAGCAUACCUCAGCAAAGCAUACCUCAACAAAACAUACUUCAACAAAACAUACCUCCUUUAAUGCAACAACAAAUUUAUGAGAAUAAAAGACCAGGAUUUAACAAUCCUCCAAAUGAAUCAGUUAAUAAAGUAUAUGAUUACAAAAAUCAGUCUCAAAAGCCUGUUUCAAAUCAGGGGCAUUUAACAAGUGAUCAGAGUAAAAUGCUUGGAAAUCAGCCUCAACAUUCUGGACCUUUUGGACAGGCACCCGAGAAUUUUGGACAGCCCAAUGAACCCUAUGGACAACAUCCUGAACCUCGUAACCAUCCCCCAGGAGCUUAUGGGCAACCUCCUGGAGCUUAUGGACAACCUCCUGGAGCUUAUGGUCAGCCUCCUGGAACUUAUGGACAGCCUCCUAGAACAUAUGGACAACCUCCCGGACCUUAUGGACAGCCUCCAGGACCUUAUGGGCAACCACCCCCCAAUUUCAGAGACACAACUGGAAAUCAGGGAAUGUCUGGUUACCCUCCUCAUUUAGUUAAUCAACCAAAGCUACCUGAAAAUCAAAAUAGGUUCGGUGAAAAUCAUAACCAGUUCUUAGAAAAGCAAAACGAAAAUAUGCAAUUUAAUAAUAGUCAUGAGCAAGUUCAUAGAAAUUCUGGUCAUUUUUCAAAUUCUGGUAAUCUUUCAGUAAAUGAGGGAACUUUCAAAAAUCAAAAUCAGUUAUUUAACUCUAAUGCAAAUCAUCAAAAUCUAAAUGCUCAAAAUAAUCGAUUUGAAAAUCCAGGUCAAUUUCAGGGAUCAUUUGAAACUCAAAAGCAAGUAUCUGGAAAUCAAUUAUUUCAAAAUCAAGGACAAAUGACUCCUGAUUUGGGACAAAGACCAGGGACUCCUAGAAGUCCUUGGCUUUCAAGACAGUUACAAGAUAAUCAAGGUCAUAUGUCCGGUAAUCCAAGACCAAUGCAUAAUAACCAGAUGAAUUUUUCAGGUAAUAAAGGAGAAGUUCCUGGUAAUCACCAGCAAAUUACCCAUAAUUGGUCACCGAUGUCUAAUAACCAAAAACAUUUACCUGAUAAUCAAAAAUCACCAGCAGUUAAUCAGGGACAACAAUUUAAUAAUCAAGGAGUUGAUAAUCAAGCACCAUUUAAUCAUGGCCAAUCAAAUAAUCAAAUGCAUAACAUUCCAAAGCCUGGUAAUCAAGGACAAUCAUAUAAUAAUCAAUUUCAGAGUAAUCAAAAAUUCUUGCCUGGUAAUCAAGGACAUUCUUUAAAUAGUCAAGUGCAUAGUAAUCAACAAUUAUUACCUGGUAAUCAAGGACCAAAUAAUCGUAUACAAAAUAACCAAAAUUUUUUGCCUGGUAAUCAAGAACCAUUGAAUAAUCAAUUACAAAAUAACCAAAAAGUGUUAACUAGUAAUCAAGGACAAUCAUUAUAUAAUCAGGUACAAAAUAAUCAAAAAAUGUUAUCUGGUAACCAAGGACAACCUCUGAAUAGUCAAGUACCAAAUAAUCAAAAAUUCCUACCAGGUAAUCAAGGGCAGCCAUUGGAUAAUCAAUUACAUAAUCAAAAAAUGUUACCUGGUAAUCAAGGACAACUAUUCAAUAAUCAACUACAAACUAAUCAAAAAUUUUUACCUGGUAACCAAGGACAACCAUCAAAUAAUUUAUUACCAAAUAAUCAAAAGUUGUUACCUGGUAAUCAAGGACAAAUGUUGAAUAAUCAAGUGAAUAGUAAUCAAAAACUUUCAGGUAAUCAAGGACAGACAAUGAAUACUCAAUUAAACAAUGAUCAAAAAUUGUUACCAAGUAAUCAAGGACAAUCAAACAAUCAAAUUCAAAAUAAAGAUAACCGACAAAUAUCUGGAAAUCAAGGACAAACAUUUGGUAAUCAAAAUCUAAUGGUUGACCAUUCAAAAUCAGAUAAUUAUGGAAGAGUAACUCCUAAUCAAGUUAAUCAAAAAUCAAAUAAUCAAGGUAAUAAUCAAAAAUCUAUUAAUUGUCAAGGUUCUAUUAGUAAUGAUAAAUAUUCAGAGAAUUGCAUGCCGUCUCAAGGAUCAGGAAAUAAAUUUGAAGAAAAACCACCAAUUAAUGAGAAAAAGCGAGAAGAUCAGGGAAGGUUUCCUCCUAGUUAUAAACAGAUGUCUUCAAAUGAUAAUAAAAAUAUGCCUAAUGUUGAAGAAAACUCAAAUCAGACAAAGCUCCUAAAUCAAGAAAAUCAAUCAGCUGACACCAAUAUUGGUGAUAACCAAAGUAAAGGUGGAAAUAAAAAUGAAUUAACACGCCCAGGUGGUAAUAGCACUUCAGGCAUUAUUAUUCGUCCAGCUAAUGAAUACAAGGGAGCAAAAUGUAAAUUUUUUCCGCGUUGCAAAAUGGGCAAAGAAUGCAAAUUUGAACAUCCGAUGUGUGCAUCUUUAAAAUGCAUUGAUCCUGCCUGCCCGUUUGAGCAUCCUAUAGGACGUGAUGUCAAAGCAGCAUCUAAUGAAGGACCAAUAUCUAAAACAAAUGUUCAAAAGCCAGAACUCCCUCCAUUUGCAAUGGGAUCAAUAGUGUCAGAUAUUCAAAGUGCUAACAUCGCAAAAAGAGUUUAUCCUAAAUCUAAGCAUGAUGAAAAUGUUGAUUUUUCUAAAGAUGAUAUUCCACCAUCUCUAAGCUUUUCUCCUAAACAAAAUAUUUCAAAACCAGGACCUCCUCCUGCCAAACUUCAGCGGGCAGAUAAUUUACUAGAUUCAUCAAAUAAAAUUGCUGAACGUGUUGAGGAAAUAUACGAAAAGCGAAAAAGAGAAAUUUUUGGGCUUGGUCCAGAUCAGAGAAAUGAAUUUCAGCCUGUAAAUACUUUUGUUAGCUAUGAGGAGCGAAAAAGAGAAAUUUUUAAUAAUGAACCUUUAAAUUAUGAACAGCGCAGGAGAGAAAUGUUUGAAGGUCCGAUGGAUUAUGAUCUAAGAAAAAGGGAGGGGUUUAGUGGAAAUUAUCCUCCUCAGCAUGGUGUACCUCUACCAGGUUUGCUUCAACAAGGUAUACCGCCACCAGAAUUUCAUGAUGAUUUUCAUGAUUUAAGAGGACCAUUUCAUCCUAGAGGUGACGAUAGAAAUCUUCCCAGAGGUGAUGAUAGGAAUCUUCCCAGAGGUGAUGAUAGGAAUCUUCCCAGAGGUGAUGAUAGAUUUAGAAAUUUAGGUCCUAAUGAUUAUUCUGGUACUGAUGAUCGAUUUAAUGAUAGACAUGAUCGAUAUCCGAUUGAGAGACCGGAAGUUAUUGAUUAUGCUCAUGGAGGUCGUGGCUUAGACGGACUUUUAGAUACAAGAGAUAAUAGAGAACCAAUCUGGAGAUCAUCUGAUGAGAGACCUUUUCACAUUGAACAAAAGUUUGAUAGAGGCAUUCAUUUUGAUAGGAUGAUUGAACCAGAACUAAAACAUAUUGAUCGUUUUGGUGAUCAUGGACCUCAUGCGCAUACUUUGUAUCAAAGAGAUCUCCCACGAAAUGUUUCAGAUUAUGACUUUCUAUCUGAAAAUGAAAGACCGCGUGAAAUAAAUGACAGACUUGAAAUGCGUAGAAUUCCUGAUGACAGGUAUCGAUAUACAGCUGAUGUGGAUUUCUCUGAUGAGUUUUAUGAUAGACAAAAAGAUUUUUCUGAAAGAGAAAGAUAUAAUUCGUCAAGAGAAGAUGAUUUUAGAUUUAAUCAACCAAGAGAUCGUUUAUAUGAUCGCUCCAUUGAUAAUUAUGAACCAAACAAAGUAGACAGACAUGGUUAUAGAGAACCCUCAACACAUAUGAAAAGAUUUGAUGAGAGAGACCUUGAUAGAAAUAAUAGAGAUGAUUUUCGGGAUUAUCAGAUGCUAUAUGAAAAAGACAAUGACGAUCUAAGAUCUUUUAGAGAUUCAAAAAAAGGUUCUGGUGUUCCUGAAAUUGAACUUAAACCUGAGGUUCUUUCUGCUGCAGAUAUUUUGGAUAGACCUGGAAGAGAUAAACGUCCCAGAAAUAUAGUAAUAAUACUCCGUGGAAUCCCUGGAGCAGGAAAAUCUUUUGUAGCAAAACUUAUUAAGGAUAAAGAGUCAUAUUAUGGUGCUCCAGCCCCGCGUAUUUUGGUUUUGGAUGAUUAUUUUAUGCAAGAAGUAGAAAAAACAGAAAUAGGACCAGAUAAGAAAACUAAACUUGUGAAGAAACAAGAAUAUGUUUAUGAAGCCAAUAUGGAAGAAACUUAUCGCUCCAGUUUACUUAAAGCAUUCAAUAAGACUUUAGCAGAUGGAUUUUUUCCAGUGGUUAUUGUUGAUGCUAUUAAUAACAAAACAGCACAUUUUGAUCAAUUUUGGAGUGAUGCCAAGCAUAAAGGUUUUGAGGUGUACAUUGCUGAGAUAACUGGAGUUGUUGAUGAUUGUCUAAAGCGAAGUGUUCAUAAAAGAUCUAAAGAUGAAGUAGAAAAGAUGCUCAGCUCAUGGGAAAAACCACCCGUAUAUUAUAAGCAACUGGACGUCUCUGCUCUUCUUCAAGAUGCUGCAAUUGAUGAAGUUGAAAUGGAGGAAGCUGUAGAAAAUACAAAGCAAGGGGAAGAAAAAGUUGCAAAACAAGAAGAAGACGAUGAAGAAUUGCCUACGGGGUUCCAUAUUCCAAAAAGUAGCAAAUGGGAGACAGAUAAAGAAGAAACGCUUGCCAAAUUGGAUGGUAUUACAAAAAGAAAAAACAAAGAAGCUAAGUCAGCAUCGCCAAUAUUUGCAGAAGAUGAUGAUGACGAUCCUUAUGGUGAAAAAGAAGCUGAUAUGAGAUUAGGAAAGAAACGAGUUCGCUGGGUGGAUAUUGAGGAAAAAAAACAAAUUGAUCAUCAACGAAAAAUAGGCUUUUCUAUUGGAAUGGAUUGGAACAUCUUAACAGAUCCAAAUGCCCAAAUUCCUAAAUAGGACAAAGCGAAAAUGAGAAAGUAAAAAGCAAAAUAUGAAUUUAUUAUAGUUGCAUGGUUAUCUGAGGAAGAUAAUGUAUAAGUAGAUUUAAUGAAGGGGUUAUGUGCCUAAACUAUGAAGUAUUUAUGUGCCUAAAUGAUGAUGUGCCUAAAUAAUAAAGUGGUAGAGCAGCAAUGUCUUUUCAUAAAUAAUAUUGUAAAAAUGAGUAAAUAAUCUCAAAUCGAUGCGAAGAAUACAUAUUGAUGAUCCGUUACUGUUUUAUAAAGUCUUUUUUAUUGAUUAUUAUAAAAAUUAUAACUAAAUUUAAUUGUAGUUAUUAAACGAAGAAAAACCAAUAGUA